AUGCCAAAGGCACAGCACGGUCCCGAUGCAAAAUUCCACACCCUGUCUUUCAAUACGCAGCCGUUCGAUUGCGCCUCGGAGCAGCACGUGGCGGCGCUGGCGGCUGCAUUCCCGGGCGCCCUCACAGGCGCUAAUGGCGCAGUGCUGGUCGCGGCCAACGGCGCGCAGAUUGGCGGGGAUGGCAGCCAGGUUUACCAGCAGGCGCUUGGAGAGAACGCCGGCGAUCCGCAGCAGCAUCAGCAGGACAGCGGCAUGCAGUACAUCACUACACACCCUCAGGUUCAGGAUGGAAGCCAGGCGGCCCACUCGCAGCCCCUCCCCUUCCUCAUCCUGCCGCCCACCAGCUGGUCCCAGCAGGUGGCGGGGGACACGCAGCAUCAUCUGCAGCAGGCGGCCGCGUUUGCCGAGCCGCCGCCGCAGCCGCCGGCGCCGCUGCCGCACCUGCCGAGCCCGGCCGAACUGCGCGCCGUGGCCGCCAGCCCAAGCAAAGAGGACGCGGGAAUGCCGUCUGACGCCCAGCGCAACCAUGCCCACCUUAUGCACUCGCACCUCGUCGACUUCCUGCGCGACUACCUACGCCGUCCAGAGCUACAGAGGGCGGAGGUGGACAAGGCGCGCGUGUGCCGCUACAUAGAGGCCUUCACGACGUGGGAUUCCGCCACUCGCGUGGAGCAGUAUGCGCUGCUGCACUUCGCAUGGGACCUGGCCGCCCCCGGGGACGCCAAAUGGCGCGCCGUCGUCGACCGCCUCGACAAGGCCCUCGCGCCUUUUCAGGCGCCGCCGCAGCAGCAGGCCGCCCCUGCAGACGUGCCCCUCGGCUGA